AGGACAGUGUUCAGAACUUUGUGGGGGUUUUGUAAUAAAGAUCUGAAGCUGUUACAUAUACACCAUAAAAUUACAUUACUCAGUAAAAAGCUGCAAACCCAGAAUUUUUAUUCCUCAGUGCUCAUGAGCGCUUCCAGGCUGCAGCAACUGAAGAGUCAGAUUUUGCCUGAUAAUAAGCUCACAGCAAUGUCAGAAUCACCUAGUCCUCUGACCACACAUGUGCUGAACACUGCAAUGGGUGUCCCCGGGUCAAAUAUGGCCCUCAGCCUUUAUCAACAAGACCCCUCCACAAACACCUGGAAUUUAAUCACCACCGGGACCACUAAUGAUGAUGGACGUUGCCCUGGACUUAUCGCAAAACAAUCAUUUAAAUCUGGUGUGUACAAAAUGCAUUUUGAGACGGCUCAGUAUUGGGCGAGUAUGGGAGAGACCUGCUUUUACCCGUAUGUUGAGAUUGUCUUCACCAUAAAUGACCCUGGGCAAAAGUACCAUAUCCCUCUGCUUCUGAGUCGUUUCUCUUACAGUACAUACAGAGGGAGCUAGAUAUCAAGCAAGAGGAACCUCCUGAGAUUACUCCACCUGUCAGCUGUUUGACACAUCACAUGAUGGCACUGAAUGAACUGUCACACAUAUUGGACAUAUUGACAAGGCACAAUACUCCAUUUCAAUUAUUCUUUUUGUUGUAAUAGUGCCACAAUACCAUAUUUUCUUUCUUUAAAAAAACAAAUAAAAAAACUUAUUAAUAUAUGCUGUACUUUAGUCUACCAUAUCAAUUAUUGUAAGCUGUUAUUUUAAGAUGUGUAAGGUCUAAACGAUCAAAUAAUACAUCUGUCUAAAUCA